UUCCAAUUGCUCCGUCUUUCCUAGUCCCUCGUACAGCUCAAUUAAGACGAGGAAGCAAAAUGCACCUCCCAACCACCCUCCUCGCCUUCCCCCUCGCCGCCUCCGCAGCAACAACCCUCAUCCCAACCACUGCCUUCGACUCCGUCUCUUCGCUGGAAGAGUACUUCGCAUACCUCUACCCCUGGGGCUCCGACCACAAUGGCUCCGCCCGCAUGAAAGGCAACUCCACCGACCAGGAGUACAUCUCCGUCGCGGACGGCACGCUGACGCUGGUCGCGAAGCCCGUCUCCGGCGAAGAGCCGACCAGCGGCGGGCAGGAGAUCAACUAUCUCUCUGGCGCGGUGCACUCCGCCACGACCUUCACGGUGGAAGAAGGGUCGGGCUUCAACAUCGAGGCGGAGUUCCAGGCGCCGGUCGGAACGGGCACUUGGCCCGCGUUUUGGCUGAAUGGCGCGAAUACAUGGCCGCCGGAGAUCGAUCUGGCGGAGUGGAAGGGAAGCGGAGAUAUCAGCUUCAAUACUUUCAAUUCAUCCUCUGAAGUCCAAGCCCUGGACACGGAGUACCCAUCGCCGGAUGACUUCCACACCGUGCGCACUGAGAUCCGCGACGAAGACGGUUCCAACAUCUCGGUGACGUUCUACCUCGACGACGAGCUGGUGACGACCCAGUAUGGCGGCGAAUACGUAGGAAAGCCAUUGCAUCUAAUCAUCAAUCUGCAAAUGGAAGGCUCGUCUGGAACCCCGGGUCCCUCGGAAGAUACGUACUAUCGCAUUCGGAAUCUAUCGUUUGAGCAGAUCUAGGAGGAUCAACCGGUUAGAGGGAGAGAUACGUAUAUGCAUAGUAGUAGCUGGUAGUGUAUGUCCCAGUUGAUUAGGAUCGUCAUUUCAUAUAACAACAUGAGUACUC